GGAAAAGAGUCGAUAUCACUCCGCAUCAGACUUUUCCGACACUUCCGGAGUUUAGUAGACGUAGUACUGUGGGUGUCCCCAAGCUGACCGUGCACGUCUAAGGUCGUGUAAGUACGUAAUGAGUCAUGACAAAGCAUUUCGUCGGGCAAUAACUUGAAGUAUCUCAUCUAUAUAAACAACCAAGUGCUUUACCUGCGGCUGCUGUUUUCUCCCCUUGAUUCUCUCAUCACCAUGGGUUUCUUCUCAAAGUCUUUCGAUCCAGUGACUGACCUCCCCGACUUGUCUGGCAAAGUCGUCCUUAUUACAGGCGGAAAUGCAGGUAUCGGCUACUCAACUGUAAAGCACCUUGCACGUCAUGGCGCCAAGGUGUACAUGGCCGCACGCAACAAGAGCAAGGCAGAGGCAGCCAUUGCGCAACUGAAAGCGGAAGGGCUGGGUCCUGGCAACGGCGAAGUUAUUUGGCUGGAACUUGACUUGAAGGAUCCUCGGAAUGCGAAGAAGACGGCAGAGGAAUUCAUGAAACUGGAGAAGAGGUUGGAUAUCCUGAUUGAGAAUGCAGCCGUGUUGGUUGAGAAUUACGCCAUGACGCCGGAUGGAGUUCAAGAGCUAGUUAUGGUCAACGUCAUCAGUCACGUCGUCCUGACACGCAGCCUUCAACCGCUGUUGGAUCAAACAGCAGCAGAACCUAAUUCAGAUGUUCGCAUAAUCGUCGUCGCUUCAGAUGGGCAUAGAUUCGUAUCAGGGCAACCUCGCUUCCGCAACCUUGACGAACUCAAUGACGAGCUCAAGAGUUCGUUUUUCCCUUCCUUCGCGCGGUAUUGCAUGUCGAAGCUCCAAAAUAUGCUCUACGCGUCUGAACUCCAACGACGCCUCACCGCCGCUGGCUCCCCCAUCACCGUCAUCCCGAUUCACCCCGGUGCAGUCAACACCUUCACCGACAAACCGCCCCUCGCCAACUUCAAGUUCAUCAUCAAGCCCAUCGUGUCCCUCUUCUUUGUGCAACAAGACGAGGGCGCAUAUAACUCGGUGUUUGCAGCUGCUUCGGAAGAAGUGGCCAAGAAUCGCGAGAAGUACAAGGGAGUGUAUUUGACUCCGGUAGGCAAGAUUGCAGAGCCGACGAAGACGGCGAAGGAUGAGGAGCUUGCGAAGGAGCUUUGGGAUACUGUGGAGAAGUUUUUGCAGGAGAAGGGGUUAUGGUGAGGGGUUUGUUUUGUUGUUGAGCUGAGAGAUUGAUGCUUGACGGAGAGUCCUUGUGAGGUUCUAAGAGUUAAUGGGCUCGGACGUUGAUCUCAGCACCAUGCAUAGUAUGACGGAACAAUUGUCGAUAUUUAUAUGUUAUUAUGAUUCUCGCCUUUGGUUUAGUAUAUCAAGUCUUGCUAGCUUACACUGUGAUACACUGUAUGUUAUUCCUACAUGGUUCAUUCCCCCUGGUAUUAUCAGGUGCCCUCAAUCGAUACAAUGUUGAGAGUCGAGUAACAUGUACCAUGAUGCAAUGCUUGACGAACUUAUAAC